AUGGCACUCCGCGAUGGCUUAAAUCUGGUUGUCGUCCCUAGGCGCCUCCUUCAAGUGUGGGUGAAGGAGUGGAAAGACACAGUUGAACCGCACCAACUGCUGAAUAUGACCCUGCUUCUCGGACACGGUACUCCGAUCCAGGCAUCAAGACAGUCAAGGCAUUUCCGCACCGUAACUUACGAUCGAUCGCUGAGGCUGGAGAGUGGCUUCGUGCACGAAACUCUGGCAUCGGAUCCUGAGGACAAGGAGAACCGCGUCCAGAUGCCGCGAAUCAAAUCAGACGUUACGAACGUCCGUGCAGUAAUUGAUGCGGCGGAGCUUACCGAUGCUAAGUCGAACACCGAUAUCCUCCUCACCCACGGGCUGAAUCUUCACAGCGAAUGCAGCCGUGUUAUUCUCCUUGAGCCACCGCUCAACAUGAACACCCUCUUUCAGGUGGUUGACCGCGUCCACCGGCUGGGGCAGCGCAGCCGGUAG